UUUAUACAUCAUAAACGAACGAGUUCAGCGAGUUUAUCUGUGAUUUGUCGGGAAAAUAUCAGUGUGAGCGAGCCCGCCCCGUGAUGUCACGUGUCGUCGCCUGUUCCUGCUGCGAUGCACCAGCGCUUAAACCAGAUGCAGCGGACAGCCUGGUGACCUUGGCCGUAGCCGGUUCAUGAUGCAAUAUGUGUCACGAAACGCUCGCACCCUACUGCCGUGCCCAACAUGACGCUGCAAAACGAGCGAUAUGCAUUUGCCGGCGGCGGUAGGCGGCGAGUGUGUCUCGGACGGUGUGCGAGCGCGGUGCGGCGCGCUCCCAAGCGUUCGGUUCCGCUCCAGUCAACCCGUCACCCGACCAAAGGCCACGCCGGACCAUGGCGUGUGUUGAGCGGGCCGGCGGCGGCGCCGUCUGGACCGAGCUGAGCCGCUGGGCCAACACCACCGCCGGCCGACGACUGGCCAAGACGCUGCUGGCCGCCGCCCUGCUCGGCGUCGGACUCAAACUGUGGGCCAGACGCCGGCGUCACCAGCGCCGCCAGCGCUGGAGCCAGGCCGGCAAGGACGUGGUGGUGCUGCACCAGUUUGAGCGUGGCACCAACAUGCCCAACCUGUCGCCGUUUGCGCUCAAGCUGGAGACGUUCCUGCGCAUGGCCAACAUCCAGUACGUGGUCGACACGGAGGAGCCGCAGGGCGUGCGCGGAAAGUGUCCCUGGAUCACCAUCAACGGGGAGGAGCUGUCCGACUCGGAGCUCAUCAUGGACUACCUGACGAAACACUUCAACAACCCCAUCCCCGAGCAGCUGACACCGGCUCAGCAUGGCGUAGGACGUGCUGUCCAGGUCAUGCUGGAUGAACACACGACUCUAGCAGUUGGAAGGAAACGACGAAUCUUAGAACAAAUGGGGAACUCCAUAGACUGUUUUCUCAAGGUGUACAGAUCAGAGUGCGUUUUUAAGAAGCUUUUCGUCUCACUCAUCAAGAAGAAGCUGUAUGUGCGUGGCAUGAGUGAGUACAGGGAAGAGGAGGCGCUCUUCUUCCUCUACCGGGAGCUGCGCGCGCUGGAGGACGUGAUGGGCGACAGGCCGUUCCUGCUGGCCGACGCGCCCAGCACGUACGACGCGGCCGUGUUCGCCCAGCUGACCCAGGUGCUGCUCGGCUGUGCCCCGGAGGUGGAGCGCUACGUGCGAGAGAAUCACGCCGUGCUGGUGGGGUACCACAAGAGGAUGAAGGCCAAGUACUGGCCCGACUGGCAGCAGUGCCGCGCCUAAGAAGGAUUGCUUUGGGUGAAGUGAAGCUGUGCGUUUGGUCAGGUUCGUGCAAGUUGGGUGUAAUGUGCAUUACCGCAUUGUGCACUGUGCAGUAUAUGCCUGUUAUAUUAACAUAAGAUUUUGACUUGACCGGCUCCCAAGUGCAGGAUGCAAUGCUUUUUAGUUUGGUUGGUAUUUAGGUGCCAAAUGGACCCACAGACCGUCGUAUAAUUUAUCUGAUACUGUUUUCGCGUUUUUUCUUUUUGGUAAAUAAAUGAGUCUUUCACAGUUUACCACCACCAAUUAUUGCCAGCUGACAAAGAAGAAAAUAUCGAAUAAAAAUAAACAAAUAAAUGAAUAACGUACGUUUUUAAAACAAGGAGAAGUUUGAAAUAAUUUUCAGAAGUUCUGUGUCUUCACCCGGCGAAGAUCGAAGGGCGGUUUGAGGUUUGCUAGACACUUCGACACCGUGGCGCUCGUUUCCGACGUUUCCUGUGACAUUUAAUGGAAACAUAAACUUUGCAGGGUUUGUGGAACCCGAGGCAAUUUUUUGCCUUGCCCGGGACCCUGUGCAACUUAUGAGUUUCUUUAAGUUUCUGUUUUUACGUUAGUUUUGUUUUAGCUGAUGACUCGCAUCAAAAUAACGCUUAAACAAUAUAUAAUUAAAGCACGAGUGUUUCGCGCGUCCAUUCGCAUUUUAUUAUGUCUUCUUCAUUGCUAGCUUUACUCAACUGUAGGAAGCUCAGCUCAUUAGUUAAGUAUGUUUGUAUCGGUGUCGACAUAUCAGCGACUUCAGUACACCGUCAUGCUUAUCAUCAUCAUUAAUUUCAUCACAAUUACCCCUAACUGGACAGCCCGACCUGGUAGUCUCAUAGGCAUUGCUACGCUGAUGGAUUUUGUGCUCACUGUCAUCAUUUCAUCUGUAUUGUAGCUAUAAUAGCGACUUGCUGGAAUAUAAACCAAG